AUGGCUACCUUUCCAUGGAAUAACCGAGGACCGCUUCUCGAGAAGUCGGACUUGGAAAGCGACGAGAGUUGUGCUUCUUCAGAUUCCAGUGCUUUCUCACCUCUACUAUACACCUUCCUACCAUCUCUAUUCCAGCGAAGAAUCUCCCGGCUACGCUCUCUAAGACAAGCGCUGGCAGAGUACGAUACGAGAACAAGACGACAUGCCCGAAUUUCCAGCCAGAACAGCGUGGAGAGCAUCACCCCACCGCCUUCUUAUCACUUGAAUCUGGAGGAAGAUUCCGAGGAACAUGGUCGCUCUUCCUCCUCGUCUUCGAGCAGUAGACCUUCUACUUCUGGAAGCACCAUCCCAGCAAUACCAUACSACAACGAGACGGAAACAGAAACUACAUCGGGAGUGAAUUGGAAAUAUGCCACCWCAGGAAUCUCCCUACUCGACCUGUCCUCGCACGAAAGCUUCGCAGCGAAUACCCGCAGUCGCAAUUCCAAUCUGAUGAGAAGACAAUACAUUGACGGAGUAGCUUGUGUACUACGAGGUCUUCCCCAACAGCUCACCAUUGAAGAAGAACUGUGUCUUCGAGAAGCAAUGCCCGGGUUGAGGAACUACGAGCAAGAAGACUCCGCGGAUGGGAAACAAGGACCUUCAGGCCAUCUCUCUGCACAUCACGAAGAAGCAGGACUAUCAACAUUACAUCGCUGCACGGCGGCCCUGACCCUGUACAUUUUCCUCGCAAUCUCCUUCCUCACGCCUUAUAUCCAGCUAUUCCUCCAACAGGCCUAUGCGUUCGAUCGCCAGCAUAGAAUCAGCGAGAAAGCUUUUGCGCAAGGAUACAUUGCUGCAGACGCACUGGGAAGACAAGGCAUGCUGCUUGCGAGAAAUGUGUGUGAAUGGAACGAGGGCAAAGUGGGAGACGUCGUGAGGGAGGUUGGGGGAUAUUGUGUCAAGGGAUUCGGGGGAGGGAUGAUUGAGGGGGUGGGACAGGGAUUGAAGGCUUGUGGCUUGAGGGAGGGGAGAAGAGUGGUGGAUACGUGA